AUGGAUCCGUUUAACGCCAGCGGAAUGGACGCGUUCACGGUGAUCCAUUUGAAUUCGUCCUGGAGCCUGGACAGUGGAUACUCUUUAGCAGCUAUAGCUGGAAUUGCAGCCCUUGUAAGUUUUCUCAUUCUUUUUACCGUCAUUGGAAAUAUUCUGGUGGUUAUCGCUGUGUUAACGAGCAGGGCGCUUAAAGCCCCCCAGAACCUUUUUCUGGUGUCUCUGGCCACCGCGGACAUCCUCGUCGCCACUUUGGUGAUGCCGUUUUCCCUGGCGAAUGAACUUAUGGGCUACUGGUAUUUUGGAAAAGUUUGGUGUGGUAUUUAUCUGGCUUUGGAUGUUUUGUUCUGUACUUCAUCUAUUGUGCAUCUGUGCGCAAUAAGCCUGGACCGGUACUGGUCCGUUACGCAAGCUGUAGAGUACAAUCUGAAGCGGACUCCCAAACGCGUCAAGUGCAUCAUCCUGAUUGUGUGGCUUAUAUCUGCGUUUAUCUCAUCUCCUCCGCUCAUAUCUAUCGACAGCAACAACGACAUCAGCUCCCAGCCUCAGUGCGAACUGAAUGAUGACACUUGGUACAUUCUCUCCUCCAGCAUCGCGUCCUUCUUCGCUCCCUGCUUAAUUAUGAUUCUGGUGUACAUCAGAAUCUACCAGGUGGCCAAAACCAGAACCAGAAGCAUGUCGGGAAAAAAAUCCAAGCCAGAUGGUGUGACACAAACUGAGAAUGGACUGAGCAAAGCCACCUCCCCUUUCCAUGGCGAGAGGGAGAAUGGUCACUGUCAGUGCCCGCCUACGCCCAGCCAACGCACCGUCACCGUGGGCCAGCAGACUGAGAGCCCUGACAUGGAGGAGAGCUCCUCAUCAGAAGACAAAGGUCACAGACCCAGCCAGCACCAGGAUUCCCAGAGAACCAAGAGGGCCAGCAAAAACAAGGGCCCCCUUUCCAAACACUCCACUGGCAUCUCCAGGGUCAGUAACAAGUCCAUGGACCUCUUUGCUUCCAGGAGGAAACGUCGCCGGAGCUCCUUAGCCAGAAAAAAGGCCUCUCAAGCCAGGGAGAAGAGGUUUACGUUUGUCCUGGCUGUGGUCAUGGGGGUGUUUGUUGUGUGUUGGUUCCCCUUUUUCUUUAGCUACAGCCUGUAUGGUGUGUGUAGGGAGUCCUGUAAGAUUCCUGACCCCUUGUUUAAAUUCUUCUUUUGGAUUGGCUACUGUAACAGCUCCCUCAACCCUGCCAUUUACACCAUCUUCAACCGAGACUUCCGGCACGCCUUCCAGAAGAUCCUUUGCAAGUCGUGGAAAAAGUCCUUUUAG